AUGAUCUCUGAGACGAGCAAGUAUUUGGCGAGGAUCGUGCCUAUGUCCACAUCGUGCAAGUUAAGCCUUUCCAUGGAUCAAGAGACGAUCAAGACCAAAGUACCUAAAACAUCAAAGAAAAGCACGACGAAGAGCAAGCCGAGUACAGAUCACAAGAAGAAGCUGAAAUUAGAAGAGAAAUGGAAGAGGCAUUUCAUCAGAACCAGAAUGGUUUUUCCGGUUAAGAAGAUGACAUCUGUGAUUUCCGGUGUCUUCAGCCGCAAGAAACCACUUGCAGGUGAAAACAGCGAUCACCAGGGAGAUGAUUCCGCGGAAGCUGGAGAGUCUUUGUCUGUUGGUAAAGCUAAACCCGAGCAAAACCUACUUCAGAAGAAGAAGAGCUUUUGGGAAAGCGCGAGAGUUCGACUCAAGAUACUCAUCUUAGGGCAAAGACUGAAGACGAGAAAACGAAAAAGAAGAAGAAGAAAAAGCUUGAGCGAGAGUACUGGAGAAGAGGAGCUGUGCAAGAAGAGAAUACUAAUGGGUGAAAGAUGCAAACCAAUUAACCGGUCAGGGAUUUUGCAGUAUGAUUGUGAUGGGAUCCUCCUACCCGAGCCAUGA